CUCGUCCUCGAUCGUCCUGGUCUGUCCUGCACCAUAUGACCCUGCGCUGCAGCUCACGGCGAGUCACAAGUCAAUGCAUGCCCUCGCGUCGGGUCAACUAAUGGGGCUAGCCCACCAUGUCACACCGCACGCCGUGUCGCCCUCCGUCUUCAGCUAGCUGCUAGCUGCUACACCUACCUUUUGCUUAGCUUGUACCCAUAUAUAUACACACAACCCGGCCGGCCCCCUCUUUCAUGCAUGCCAUCAUCCUUGCAAGGCAUAUCCACCACUCUUGGCCACAUAACCCGGGCGGCGCAUCCACCGGCAGCAUAUAUGGCGGCGAGCAAGGGCGCGAGGAAGAGCCUGGUGUCGAGGACCCUGGAGCGGUGCCGAUCCGGGCUGGCCAGCGGUGGCCGGUCGUCGGCGGCGGUGGCGCCGGGGUGCUUCUCGGUGUACGUGGGACCGGAGCGGGAGCGGUUCGUGGUGCGCGCCGACCGCGCCAACCACCCGCUCUUCCGCCGCCUCCUCGACGAUGCCGAGCAGGAGUACGGCUACGCGGCGCAGGGGCCCCUCGCGCUGCCCUGCUCCGUCGACGCCUUCCUCGACGUGCUCUGGCACAUGGACCACGACGUCCAAGACGACGACGACGGCGAGGCCGCCGUGGCCCCGUCGACGCCCAUAUGCGGCCUGCAGCGCGCCGGCAGCGGGAACAUCAAGGUCCGGCCGGCGGGGUACCGGGUGCUCAGCCCGGCCAAGUCCACGCCGGCGUCCUUCUUCUUCUCGCAGACGGCGGCUGGCGGUAGGAGGUGAGCUCUAGGCGCGCAGGUAGCUAGCAGGAGCGUCUUGCAUGCAGAACCGAGAGGAAUCUGCGGGCGCAUACACAGAUCGAGCAGGUGCUUAAUUUGCAUAUAUUUAGACGCCUCAACCACACACACACGCCUAGCUGAUUUAGAUUGUAAAAGUGAAAGGAAAGAAGAUCGAUUCUAUGCAUGCAUGUAAGCGCGUGUGUUGGAAGUUCUUUGUAUUGCCGGUUUCACGGAAAUGAAAUUUGGAGCUUGAGCUCCUAAUUUAGAAACAAAAAAGGUAUGUGUGUGCGCGCGGGGGGGGGGAUACACAAGAAAGAGAUUAACUUUGGAUGGUCAUUUUGUUUGAUCUACACAAGUGGACCAUGUGUUUCUUUAUGAAGUAUGGAACAUUUUUUAUGGCAAUUUAUAUUGUCGCGGGUAUUAUAAUUUUAGUUUACAAGCAUGGCAAACCCUGGCGAAAAACAGAACUGAAGCGGAGUUGCCAUACUUGCUAACAAAAAUUUCAUCCUCGGUCAAACACAAAUUGUCAUCAAUUGCCAUUCCUCCAGCAAACUUUCACUGGUUAAGCCGGUCCAAAAAUAACUAGUUAACUCGGGUCUUGGGCUAGAUGCAAACCUAUACUCCCUUAAUAUUAUUAUGCAGUACUUCCUCCGUUUCAAAAUAGAUGACUCAACUUU